AUGUCUCCUCCUGUAUCCUCCUCCUGUCUCCACCUCCUGUCUCAACCUCCUGUCUCCUCCUCCUGUCUCCUCCUCCUGUCUCCACCUCCUGUCUCCUCCUCUUGUCUCCACCUCCUGUCUCCUCCUCCUGUCCUCACCUCCUGUCUCCUCCUCCUGUCUCCUCCUCCUCCCUGUUCUCACCUCCUAUCUCCACCUCCUGUCUCCUCCUCCUGUCUCCACCUCCUGUCUCCUCCUCCUGUCCCCACCUCCUGUCUCCUCCUCCUCCUGUCCCCAACUCCUGUCUCCUCCUCCUGUCUCCACCUAAUGUCUCCACCUAAUGUCUCCUCCUCCCUUCUCCACCUCCUGUCUCCUCCUCCUGUCUCCACCUCCUGUCUCCACCUCCUGUCUCUUCCUGUCUCCUCCUCCUGUCUCCUCCUCCUGUCCUCACCUCCUGUCUCCACCUAA